GGUAACUCUGAUCAUGUCUUGUAGUGACAGCGAGGCUUAUAAUCACGACUAUGACCUUCUGGUCAACAAAGGCUCACGAGCAAAACAUAGUAGAUCCACUAGGAACUCUCCUGAAAAUAUAAUUCUCACCAAAACCAUCUACGACCCGCACAAUGCUCUCAGCAAGAGGGCUCAAAAUCGCCUUUUGGCUGACGACUGCGAUGGUGUGCACGCUUAUGUGCCGUAUUCUCUAAACAAACAACAGAGAUGGGAGAUCAACCCCACUACUCUGCUUCGCAGGCAGUCUUUCUCGAAUCCAGAGAUAUACGUGGUCCAGCAAGAAGUCAGCCCACUUUCAUCUCAUCCGACAAGUUCUACAGUGACGAGUGUUCGAUUGUUAAAUGAUGAUGGAGUGAUGACACUGUCUUCGAAAAGAAGGAAGAUGACACUAGACUACUUCAUCAAACGUUUGAAAGAGAUCCAAGAAUCAGAGGACUGUGUAGAGAACGCAAAAAUUUUGUACAAUGUUUACACUCAACCUCUUCUGCCACAAAAGAAAAAACGGCAAUCCAAAGCAGAAAAUAAAAAACGGGUCAAAAUCAACGAAUCAUCAUUGGAAGUCUGCAGCGACAGCGAACUUUCGGAUUCUUUCCAGGAAGUUGGCAAUGAGGCUUCUUUAGAAUCUACACAACAAGAGAAUAGCCCUCGGAUUAUCACCCUUGGUGACUUCAUAUGCUCCGAAAACGCUUCAAUGUCAGCGCAGAGAACGAAUCCACCCUCAAAAAGCAGCGAAGGCUCAAGUUUUGAGAUGAUCAGGCCCGAAACAACACAGCUACUUGAUAUAUCAAAAGUAACAAAUGCUAGUCACAUUUUUGAAAUUAUUGAUGUCAUUAUAAAAGGUUUCGAUUCUUUCAAUCUUUACGAAGAGGUUAAGCAGCUACUUCCAUUCUAUUGUACUCUACAGUGUUUUGAUGAUGAACGAGUGUCGGUGAGAAGUCGACCAACCGAUAGACCACUUUUUGUUCUAUUUUUUGAGACCCUCAAAAAACAGAGGAAGCUUCGAAUCCGAAUUAACACUUCCACUCCAUAUUCGUCCUCAGCUACAAAAGAGAAUCUCUUUGCAAUAUUUCGAAGCGUCAGAGGAUUCUCUGGUAUUUUCCAAGAUUUGCUGGAAUUCAUUAUGAAAUCGGACGUCCCUGAUAUGGAAUACAAAACCAGAUUUUACGCAUUUAAAGAGUUCUUUCUUUCGAGCACUAAUAGCGAACUGAUGGCAGCGGCUAGUGUACGAAGCAAUGAGAGUGAUGAGUUAAUAUAUGUAGAUUCUCAGUACUGUCCAGAUGACUUCGAGAUUGUCGAAAUGGAGACUGAUCCCUUCUGCGCCCAUUGCAAGUCAUCCUUAUUUGAUGAUUUAUUUCAAACCGUGAAUGGACUAUGGUGUAGGGAGUGCAUAGCCUCUUCACUGCUCCAUCAAUUACGACUGAAUCAGUUUCCCCUGGAAAUACCGCUCUCAGCUGGAAAAUAUUCUGCUAUCUAUCUCCUUCCAGCUAUUCUGCCCAUGCCUGUAGUCUCUUUAAUCAUAAGGAUGUCUUACCGGUUCCUCUACUCGCUGGAUCAUCCUCAGUCUGUAUUUACGCGAUGUCCAAAAUGCUCUCUUCCUCACACAGUGCCAGAAAUAAACGAUUUCGACGCAUGCUCAUGCAUCUAUUGUGGAUGCUACUGGUGCUAUUUCUGCGGAUGGGAACCACAUUGGCCUAUGACUUGUACAGAAUAUAGAGAAUGGGAGAAAAAAUGGAGCACACAAUAUCUCUACGAAAAAUUCUUGUUGGACAAGAAUGAGAAGCUUUUACGCAUACCAUGCUGUUGUGGUCGUGAUUUCUACGCUCCAGAGAGAACUGCUAAUGGUAUGAAAUGUCCAAACAGGAAGUGCUGUUAUCGCUAUGAUCGUGGCAUGUGUCGUGAUCCAUCUGAAUACUACCAAUGGUUUUGGGAGUACCGAGCCAAACGCCACCAGAGGGGCCGCAGAGGGGGCUAUGAAGCCACACCAGAUGUUCUGGAGCCAAUGAAGCUUAUCAGGAAAGAGUUUGCUGAGUUAUGCACAUUGGUUAGAAAUGAGAGAUUUAACGCGUCGAAGAAAAACGGGUUUGAGAAAGCCGCCUCAAAAAGGUUUUCUGCCGACGAAUGUCACAGCAUUAUGGAAUUACGCAAGAUGGUCCUUUUUGUGGUCGAAAACUGCACUGCUUGGCUGUACCUUCAUAGGCACGAGGAACAGAAUAAAUUGAGGAAAGCUGUCUUGAGGCUCUUCAAAACAUAUACUACCUUUAGGGAACAGAUUCUUAAUCUAGGAUGCGAGCUUACGGUGGGCAUCAGAGAUGUGCAAAAUUCCAUGGAAGAAGUUGUAGCUUUGUUCCGCCAACGUUUGGAAAACGAACGGGACACAAACAUUGGACAACUGUUGCGCUUCCAAAAGCUUGACAUCAUCUCUCAGGAGAAUAACCAAACGGAAUAUACGGAGCCCAACACCGAGCUUUGGAGACCUCGCGAAUACAUUGAGAAAAACGACUUCAUCAAAUAG